AUGAAUUAUCUUUCAUUCGCAUUAGCAUUAGCAAUUUUAAUCUUAAAUAUUUUACCGAGCCAUUAGCAAUGUUUACAAACUGGAUGUACUUAGUGUGACUAAUCAAAUAAUUGCCUUAGUUGUAGUAACAAUUAUGUUUUUGAUUAGUAAUCAAAGAGUUGUAUAUACUCAUAAUGUGAUUCAGGUCUAUAUUUUUAACCAUUCUAAGCAGAUUUAAAUAACCAGAAUACCUGUGUUGCAGUUUGUUAAGACAAUUAUAUAGCUAACCCUGCAACGAAUACAUGCGAUUAGAGUGUAAUGUGUUCAAGUUCUAUCCAAAUAUCUAAUAAUAUAUAACCAUAAACAAAUAUUUAACAAUCUUUUAAGAUAAAUGAUAAUGUUAUCGCAGUUAUUUAUAAUGGUUAUGUAACACUACUAAGUAGAAUUAAAUUUGAAGAUAAAAUAAAUUAUUUUAUUAAAUAACACAAUAGUGAGCUUAGUAACAAGUGA